AUGAGAGGAUUCGCCCACCUAUGUUUCCUUCCUUUUCAUGCCUCCAAAUCUUGGGAAGAGACAUUUGAUUACACAGACUCGGUGACUCAGCACACUGAAACAAAAAAGUAUCAUGAACAUCAUUCAGCGCCAAAAUACUUUAUAGGACACUUCAUAAAUCUUUCGGAUCACAAAAACUAUGGUAUAAAAGCCACCUUAUCACCAACUCCGCCUCCACCAUCGCACAACAUUCAUAGUUGUCUACUCGAGCACCCGAUAUAUUACGACCUCACACUACAAGAUUACGCUAGAAAACGCCAAUGGACAUUGAAAUGGGUUGGCUGGUGGGGUGGGGACGCGGGAUGGAUGAGUUCAGAUCCAAAUAGUAGUGUAAAUGACAAUAGAAUUAAAAUAGAUCAAGAGCAUGAAAGUACAAGCGAGAGAGAGGGAAAAAAUUUUGAGCAAUAUGUUUGGUUUCGUACCAAUCGUCUGAAAGCCAAUGAGGAAGCUCAAAAGCAUAUUAAGAAGUUUAUGCCGAAAUUGGAAAUAGAUAAAGAAGACUUGGACAGUGCACAUAUUUGUUUGGGAGACAUGGAGAUGGUUGUAGAAGUUGAACAAGAAGGCGAAGAUAAUUAUAAAAAAUUAGGUGAUCAUGACAGAGAGGAUGAAUUACAUGAGGAAGAUGAUGAUCUUGAUGAAAAAGAAGAUAUAUGUGUAGCUAGUGGUAUAGAUUUAAGAGAACAAAUCGAAGAGUCGGUUGGUGAAAUAGAAGACGAGGAGCAAAGUGAUAACGAUGAAAUGGUUUUAUUUAGCGAAAAAGAACUAGAAAAAAUUUGUGAUAGAUUUGCUAAUGAUGCAUUAGGAACACA